AUGGAAUCAACUAAGGUCACUGCAUUUGUACCACUUCAUGUAGCUAUCAUUGGUUGUGGUAUCGGCGGUCUAGCAGCUGCGAUCGCUCUAAGACAUCAAGGCCACUACGUGACUGUUUAUGAACGUUCUCAUUUUGCUAGUGAAGUCGGUGCUUCGAUCACUGUGGCUGCUAAUGCGACCAAAUAUCUUGAACAGUGGGGUAUCGAUGCCGUUGCUGCUAGGUAA